CUUGAAACUGCGUCUGCGGUUCCCCCCGCGCUGUGCACGCAUGAACACCUCCCCGGGCGCGCAUGACUCCAUCAGGGAGCAACUCUGCCAAAUCGAGCAAAGCCUCGGCGUGUGCCACGUGGCCGAGGUCCAGGCCUGGCAUCGAAAGCCGCCGCAGCCUUCGCGUUCGCCAGCGCCGCCGACCGGCUUGGCCACCAGGAGCCGGUCCAGCCAGCGUCCCAAUCCACGGAUAGAGACUGAGAAGCCGCAACAGGUGCAGAGCCACCUCGCUUCGGCACCUGCGGUGCCCUCAUCUGAUUGCGACCUCGAUGGCCAUUUCAUGGACAAGCUGGACGCGGCCGUGGAUCAAAUGAUCAAAGGGAGCGUGCGCCGGUUGACCUACGGGGAGAAGGUGGAGCUGGGGCCGGCAGGGCCGCCAAAAGACCAGGGCGCGUCUCUGAUGAAAGCCGCCCCCCGGCUGCCGCUGCAGCUCGCCGAGAUACGGCAGCAACUCCGACAGCUGACCUUGGACUGCGAUCGCUUGCAGGCACUUGCCGGGGACAUCCCGGAGGAAGAGGCGGAGCCCCUGGAGAGUGUGGAAGCGGAGCAUGCCAGUGCCAUCAGCUCCGCGAGUCGACUGCUGGACGCUCUGAGCUCUGAUCCGGAUCCGGAACUCUGAGCGUUGAGCGAGAGAAAGCCUAAUUCAAUUGCAGGCAAAUACUCGUAGCUGCCAUGAGGCAGCAUACGAUGGUUCUUUGCGUGCGUAACAUACUUAGCGUGAAA